AUGUCAUCAGCGAAUCUCAAGUUGAAGAAGAGUCUGCCACCGAUGGAAAUCGCGAUGUUGUGGUCUUGGUUGAUAGGACUUGCCUUUUUAGCCGCUGUUGGGAUUACAUUGCUCGUGCUGGGAUGUGCACUGAAGUCCUUUAACAACUGGUGGCCGAUGUUUGUACUGAUAUUCUACUUCCUGGUUCCUAUACCUACCAUUAUAUCGAGGCGUUUGUCCGGCAGCUAUGAUUCAGCCAGCAACGCCUGCGUGGAACUCUGUAUUUUCCUUACCACGGGAAUUGUUGUCUCAUGCAUAGCAUUACCGAUUGUGUUGGCACAUAAAGGGACAAUUGAACCAGGUGCAUGUGCACUUGUCACAUCGGGAAGUGUGGUAGUGUUCUUGACAAUCUUGGGCUACUUUUUUGUGUUUAACGAUGACGACAUGGAUUAUUCGCAGUGGUGAGGGAGCAUUAACAGUGCGUGCCAAGUGGUUAACAGUUGUACCAAGAUCUGAACACAUGGUCAUUAAUAUAUGUAGUAAAACUGCUCUUUGCAGUGUGUGUCUUUCUACUUAAGGAAAUAUCUUGGAUCAGAAUCUGCUUAGGAUGUUACAUAAUGUACAUUUUUACCUAUGCAGCAGAAACUAAAAUACAUUUUUAGACUAUAAAAGUUAGAUAAACUCAAACUCCGCAUAACUUAAUUUAUGAGUCUGUUCAUAUUAUGUUCAUGUUAAGUUAGGGUGAAAUAACUUCAUGAGGUUACCAAAUACUUGCUUAUAUGUUUGAAUCAAUCUGUAUGUGUUUACCCGCCCAGAAGAACACCAAAAGUAUGGUGUGGUUAGACUUCAGGACAGACUGCUUAGCCCUAACAUUUCCCAUUACGGGUACUAGUUCUUUCCCUUUAUACUUAAGUGUGAGAUUUGCUCGCCGAAGCUUUGCUUUUAAAUUUAUCUAGGCUUUUGUUUUAUGGCAUAAUUAGUGUAUUUUUCUUGUUUAGUUUUGAUUGCAUACUUCAAUAAAUACAUUAUUUUAUGGAACUCUCACACCACAAAAUGUGUCAGACAUUCACAGUGUAACAUAAUUUUGUUUGUAUUUUUUGUUAUUACUCUCAAUCAGUGUGUCAAACAUGUUAAAUGCUGUCCCAAGCUGAGUACCCAAUUUCUUACGGUUGUCUGGUCAUAACUUUCUCUUUGUGGAUUUUAAGUAAUAUUUCAUCAGGAUCCGGCCCUGACAAAUAAAUAACAUUAUUUAUCACAAUAUGGAUAUUAAACAAAUAGAUCUCUAAAAGCGCUAUUUAUGUGAAAACAUAAUGCAAAUGGUUCUUUGUUUGCUGGCAAUGCAAUUUGAGAAAGCAUACCCCUACAUCUGAUGUUGCUCCUGUUUGUGCUAUACAUGUACAGUGGAACCCCUCUCAACAAGACAGCCCCUGUACCUCGAUAAUAGUCCGGUUUAGAGCUGAUUACAGUUUCUGUUGAGAUUCUGUGUAGUUAACAAUUAAAACACACAAGCGUACAAGUUCCAUUUUUAGGAUAAUUAUUUUUUAUGAAGCUUUUUGUAUAUUAAGCAAUUCAGUGUGCCAUUAUAUAACUAACCUUUAUUUAACCAGAUUAUUAUUUUAUGUAUAGGAAUGUUCAUAAUAAAAUUCCUUUAAAGCCAUUCGAUACUAAGAUAAUACAUUUACUUGUAUAAAAUUUGAUUCAGUUUCAAACUUCAAUUACUUAGAUGGUUAUUUUAUUGUUAUUUUCACAAAUACAUGUUUAAUAAACAUCUAGGAAAUGAACAUAUAUUUAUAUUAAAAAUGUAAUAGUCUUGGUGUUUUAACAGCAAUUAAUGCAUGUUGUUAUUAGUUUUGUUUGUAAAUUGUUCUAACAGCCCUGAUUUAUUCCUUACGCCAGACUUGAAAUCAACUCAAUACCAAGGAUAUUAUGAGCAACUUUAUACAUGUCAUUUAGCUAGACCCACAUCAUCGAUUGGUUUCAAGUGCAUUGUCUCUUAACAUUGAUUUGUGAUUUUUAGAGUAAGAUUUUUUGGGCCUGUUUGUUGUUUCUUUCCUCUGUAAAAAGUGAACCUCAAAAUGACAUGUUUCAUAAACCAUAUAUUCUGCUCGAUACUUAGCUUUGAUACUUGCAUGGAUGAUAUCGAUAAACACAAUCAACAUACCACAUCAAUGUUUUGCAUUUUGUCAUUUACCUUCUUUUGGACUGAGACUUUUUCAGAAGGAACAAAUGCUUGGCUAACCCAAAAUGACACAUAAUGCUUCACAUAAAGAUUUUGUAAUUGAAUUGAUGAGGUCUUGGAAUAAUAUUAACACACAUCACCUGACCUCAUUUUGACCUUGACCCACUUUUGGACUUUUGACUUAUUCAGAAGGUCAAGAUUCUUGGUUAAGCAAAAUACACCAAUAAACAUCAACAUUUCUUACUAAAAAUAUUGUUAUUUUAACUUCCAUUUAACAUUCAGCUUACAUCAUCUGACCUCAUUUUUUUCUUGACACUGACCCAAUUGCGACUAAAACAAAUGAGCCAAAAGAUCUGUACCCAUAAGGCUUCCACCAGGGCAUCAGCAAUUGUUGAACGCCACCAUUUUGUUCUUUCACAAUUUCUGUUGUAUGUUCUAACCUUUAAAGGCACUCUAAAAUUUACAAUGGGACAGGAUUUCGUUCCCUAUGGAGGUAGUUCAUUAUUUUAAAAUUCUCUUUAUUCUAAGCUUAUCUUGUAUUGAAUAAUAAAAUAUAUAACUUAUAAGUUAUAAUUUAUCACUUAUAAGAUGUUAUUAUAAAUACUUGGCAUAGAAGUUCUCUAGAUUACCAUAAAAGAACACUGUUUAUAUUUGAAUAAGACUUUAAUAUGAAAAGGAUUUUGGUACACCUAAAAUCAUUUUUAUCAUUACAAAUGGCAAGCUUAGGUUCACUUGUUUCCAGUCCCAUACAAAAAAAUGUUCCCAACUUAAAAAUGUCCCUAUUUGUCACUUUUGAACAAAUGUAUAUAACUUGACAUUAUCAUGACCCCUUAAAAGAAGUGUGUAUAUAUUGGAUUGGCCUGGUCAGUCAGUUGGUCAUUUCUGCCCCUUAGAUCGAGAAUGUUCAGACAUUUUUUUAUAUAAACAAGAGCUGUCACCAUAGGAUGACAUAUGCUUCCUAUAAACGCUUUGAUAGAAGUUAUGAGCAUUUUUUGAAACCUAAAUACUAAAUCCUUGAAAUGCACUAAGUGGCCCCGUGACCUAGUUCUUGACCCGGCAUGACCAAUAUUCAAACUUGACCUAGAUAUUGUCUAUAUACAACUUCUGACCAAGUUUCGUUUAGAUCGGAUGAAAACUAUUCAAAUUAGAGAGCGGACAUGAAAAGUGUGACAGACUGACAGACAGUGCAAAACUAUAUACCCCCUUUUCUUCAAAAAGGGGGCAUAAAAUGGUAUUAUGGUUACUUGGAAAGAACAGAAGACGCUCAGCGAUUUUCAGGGUGUUGUUCACAUAUCAUGAAAUUCAGUAGUUACAAUAAUUGUUUUAUUUUUAUGUUCUGUAAUACCCAUAAAUAAAUCUUUUUAGAUGACUUUUAAAUGUGAUUAAAAAAAGUCAGGGAUAUUCUGUAAUCCUGUAUGGUAUUAAUAUUAAUAUUUUUUUCAAACAGAUUUAUUUCCAAUACAUUGAUUUGGAUUGCUUGUUAAACAUUUGUUAUAAGUUGGGGUAGGUUUGCAGGCAUACUUAGUUUACAAAAAUGUAUUGUUUGUAUCAAAUAUUUCUGAGGAAACUUCCUUUAAACAAGCAGAAUUGAGCAAAUUAUUUCUAUGAAAAAGUACGUUCCCAGCUGCUAAAACUUUCAUGCAAAUUUAAGUCUGGCAAUUUUUCGUUAUUGUUUAUCAUCCUAAUAGAUGUGUGUAAGGUUGUGAAUCGCUAAUGUUCAUUUUAGUUCUCAAAGUAUGUUUUCUGUAGUUGGCUUAUAUUUGCUACUUUGAAAAUUUGCAUGUGUAAUGCCCUGUAAUAACCAAAAAAAUAAUCAAAGCUUAUUCAUCAUGGGGUCUUGAUUGAUUGUUUUGUUAAUGAUAUUUGUUGAUUUAAUUUAUUGUGUACAUAACUGAUAUUAUUUGUAUCGUAUGAAUAAAACUUCUUAUUUAA